ACAUAACCGUCUAAAGAUAAGGUGACAUUGAAUAGUUUUACAACUUGCAACAAUAUUACAAGCUUCAAAUAUUCCAACAUGCUGAUUGUAUAACUCGACAUCAAUCAAUGUUAUCUUUGAAUGCUCGUAAACCCUUCAAGCUGCAACAUUCUUUAGCAUAGCUUGGCACUAUAUAAGACCGAACAAAUCCCCAUUUGGUAUACGAGUUUCUUUAACUAACAUUGAAGAUGGCGAAGCAAUACAACUGGCUACUAAUUUCCUUGGCCACUCUGCUCCUUUUAGUGAAUAUCGAGGCAGAGGAGUCUGAAGAAAAGUUGGCAAUUCCGACGCAAUUUCCAUUUCAAGUAUUCAUUGAUGUUGCUCUCAAAUCCGAUAAUUCUAAAUGGGUUCCUAAGUGCAGCGGUACCAUUAUCUCGAAGAGUGCUAUCGUGACAACUGCUUCUUGCUUGGACACCGAAUUCGACUUGGCACAAAUUUACUUCGGAGCCGUAAACAUUUCGAAUGCAUUCGAAAUUGGACAAACUCGUAUCAAAGUAGAAAGAAAAUAUUUCGAGGUGCAUGAAGAAUAUAAUCCUGUUACUCUCAGUAACAAUAUAGCAAUAAUCAAACUACCCUUUGAAUUGGAGUUUAAUGAAUACGUUCAAGCUGUUUCGCUACCCAGCAAGUCAGAUUUAAGUCACUAUGUUGGUCAGGAGAUGAUCAUAGCUGGUUGGCAUCAAAUUGACAACCAACAAAAGUCCGCUGUUUGGAAGGUCCUAAAAUUUGUGGCGAAAGUAGUUGUGGUAGACUUGAUUGUUGAAGCGGUUAAGUGGGUAGGAAACAAAGUAAUCGAACUUUUGGCAGAUGAAGGAAGCCCGGUCACUAUGCGUAAGGAUAAUGUAAAUGUCGCUGUCGGAAUGUAUAGUAACAGCAAAGCAAAGUCAAAACUUUCGCACUUUGUUAAUUUUAUCAAAUUUUUGUCAUGGAUUAAGAAAAGAGUCUCAGAUGUCCAUAUUCAAUGAAUGAAACUCGAUAUUUGAAAAAUAAAUUAUGAUUGGCAUUAAUGAAAUGAAUUUCUAUUUUAUUCG